UGUCACUGGUGAGACAGCAUGGGAGAGGAGGCAGAGAUUGCAGAAAGGGAAAUCUGUAUGUUUUUACAAAAAAAUUUUAUUCAAAUGCAAAAUUCCAAUAACUGACACUGUAAAAACAUGCUCAUAUUUGGUUGCAGGGAAGUGGAAGGCCUUCUACACAGAGGCAAGGAUCCCAGGCCCCAUCUUCAUCACAGACCCAAUCCUCAGCUCAGCCCCCACCAAUACAUCAGCCUUACACUAUGGCCUCAUCCAACCAGGCAGCAGGGUCACAGCCACAAGCUCCAGCUCCACAGCCACAAGCUCCAUGGUCACAGAACCCAAGUCAAUGGUACUCUUUAGACUUUAGGUACACAGUUAGAGGAGCUCCUUGGUUCUCUUCAAGCCAGCCAACACCACACACUCCUGCAGAAACAUGGGACAGUAGACCACAAUCAUCACAGCCUACAAGACCACCUGCUACCAGAGGAGCUGCUUUGAGAGGAAGGAGUGAUGCAGCUAGAGCUCAGAAAUGUAGAACAAGAGGUGGAAAGGCCAGCUGUGGUGUGAGAGGCAGGGGCAGUAAAUGAAGACUAAGUCAAGAUACUUUUGUUGCUAUGUAUUAGGGUUAUGUAGAGUUAGGGUUUUAUGUAGUGUUAGGGUUAGG